CUAUUAAAACCCUAGCCUACUUUACCAGUUCCAUCACUCAAAUUAAUUCUCUCUAAACAUUCACAAUCUUUGAAGGUUUAGGCGAUUGUUUUUAAUUUUGAGAUAUGGCUUCAAAGUCUUUAGCAUCAACAGCCCUCCUCCUCGCCCUCAAUCUCCUCUUCUUCACUUUGGUCACCUCCACCAAUGUCCCAGCUUGCACACCAACACCGCCUAAAGACUACAAUCACAAUGGUCAUCCCAAGCCCAAGCCCUCAAAGGAAACUUGCCCAAGAGAUGCCGUAAAGUUGGGUGUUUGUGCUAAUGUGCUGAAGAGCUUAUUGAACGUUGAACUUGGUAAGCCACCAAAGAAGCCAUGCUGUAGUCUCCUUGAGGGCUUGGUUGAUCUCGAAGCCGCUGUUUGCCUUUGCUCUGCCCUUAAGGCUAAUGUCUUGGGUAUUGUCAACCUAAACAUUCCCAUUUCAUUGAGCUUACUGCUCAAUUACUGUGGCAAGGACGUUCCCUCCGGUUUCCAAUGCGCAUAAGUUAAUCUUCCCUGCUUGUCAUCAUCUCAGGCACGUUGAUUUUAUGUAUGGUUUGUUUGGACUCGAGCAUUUUCUACUUCACUUUUACAAUCGUUUUUUAUUAGAUCGAAGGCGCCUUGUCACCUUCUUUCUCGUCUUUUUUCUCUUUUGGUUUAUUUAAUUCGAAAAAGAAUGUAAUUUUGUUAUUUUGUUGAAAUUUAUGAUUCUAUUAAGAAUCAUGGU